UAUAUAUAUAUAUAUAUAAAAAUAUAUAUACAUAUAAAGGUAGCUCGACAAAGUAAAUAAAAUCAUAAUCCUGACGACGCAGCCUGAAAAUGAUUCGAAACGUCAUAAAUAAAUAAAUCAGUGCAUAUAUACCGUUUAAACUUGUUUUAUUGAAAUUACCUGAAUAUUAAACUUUUAUUGAUAACUUAAGCUCAUUGACCAAUUUUUACAUUUCUGUUUUGACAUUCGAAGAAGUUAUAUAAUACUUCUGUCUACUAUUUUAACUCUUACAUCAAGAAUAAUUUGAAAAGAGGACCAAAAAUAUGUGGUUGAUAACCUCAAGCUCACCUAUUAUUUCUUCAAAAUUACAAAUAAAAAGUUUAUUCAUGCAUUUUUUUGGAAAGUAGUAACAUAGAUGAAAGUUUUUUAUAUUUUUCAGUAAUAAAAUUGGGGAUGAAAGUUUUUUUAUGAAGUUUAUAAAAAACUUUCAUCCCCUAUUUUAGUACUGAGGGCAUGCUUUCCUGAAAUGCACCAAUUAACUUUUAUUUGUAGCAAUGAAUGUUACAAACACCUAACCUAACCUAACCUAACCAGUGGUUAGUUCUAUCUUCAAAAUUGAAGAAGUUUCAUACAAACUUCCAUUCCCUAUUUUUACCUCUUAGAGGGUAAAUUUCAAAAAAGGCCUUCUUGGGGGGUUUUUUUUCAUUAUUAUAGGAAACUUUGUAUUAAAUUUCGAACUUCUAGACCAGUUUCGGUUGUGCGUUGAUCGUUCAGUCAGUUAGCCAGUAAGUUUUGACUUUUAUAUAAAGAAAUAUAAGUGGAUCGGUACAACUUAGUCUCUACAAAACAAGAUCACGCCAUCUUAAACUUUAUAAAUAAUUAUUGUAUAUACAUACUGUUUUAUCACCGAACUAUCGGAGCGGGGCAAUACUUUAUACCCCCUGUGUUACCAUGCCGAAAUCGUGGGUGUGUCCGCCCAAAUGUCGCUAUCCUUGUCACACAGUCGUUUCGUGAUCACAUUUUCUUGAUAACAAGGCUCAUGACGUUCAUCCCGUUCUAAAAACAUACUUGUUUUCGAGCUGUUUUAGCCCUGUGUCCAUGUUUUCAAUUGCAUAUCAUAGAGUUGAAUGUUUUUCCACUAUUUAUCUUGUCGCCAAUGAAAAUAUGUUUUGACAUUUAAUUUUAUAACAUCUUGUUUAUCUUAACGCAUGAUCAAGAAUAAUUUAUUGUCCUUAGGUAUAUUAUGUGUAACCUAGGUAGGCCGAUUAUUAGUUACUAGGAUGGCCUAAUUAAUAAGCAAUUAAUCUUGGGUUAAUUAUGAUUAUCUUAUAAAUAGAUUGGUAGGUAUACAUAUUGUUCUGAAACAUAAGCAUUUUUUUAAUAAAUUUUCCAUUUAUACAAAUAACUGAUAAAUGUGCUUAAAAAUUAAGAUUGUACGACGACCUUUGAGCCGAUAGGCCAGUUGGUUGCUAUCUUCGAGGUCUCUGAUUCUAUUCCCCGCUGUGUCAAUUCAGAAAACAUAAAAAAUAUAUUACUUAUGAACAGUAAUAUAAUAUGUAUGUUUCUUUGGUUGAUAUUUCCUGUUAUUAGGUACUUACUACGUCUUUUUCUUUAUGCUUUUCAUUCAAUUUACAGUUCCUAGUAUAACGGAUUUUUUAUACGUCUUCAUGAACUUUCAUGGAAAAAGUUUGUGGUAUUGGCAGCAUAAUGCAAUCACAUUGCCAACACAUACAUGUAACUGGAUUUACAACAAUGAAAGAAUCACAUUAUAAUAUCUGCCUAUCAUGAAAAUGUCUGUUUUAUGUUAAAAUGAAUUUGUUAAAAUUGGUACUCAACACAAAUAAAUCAUGUAAUUUUGUUAAAUGUAAAAUCUUUGUGUAAUUUAGUUCGUAUUUCAUAAGCUUUCUAAAUAAUCGAUCCAAAAAUAGUCUCCUCUUAUUAUUUCCAUGAGUUUAUUAUAUUUCUAUUAAAGGUAAAUAUUUGUUGAAACAGCCCCCUUUAUAACCGAUUUCAAAAAUGUUGAAGAAUUCAAUGCAACUGUAGAUUGUUACGUUAUUAUUCCACACAAUAUUAUGAAAUGAUUUUGUUGAUUGUUUUUGUUUGAAUCAGUUAUCUUUGCGGAGUAUGGAGAUUAACAAUUGAAUUUCUUAACGGCAAUCAGUACCCAUAUUAUUGGGUUUCAUUAUUAAGAAAUACAAGAGAGCAAAUGCUGCCAGUCAAGGUAGUAGCAGACCCGGUUAGUAAUAAUUUGCAGUAAGACUUACUAGUCGUUAGUAUAUUAUUAUUAAUAGAGAAUAGAGCGACUGUGCGAUAGUUAACGCAUUUUUUAGUCAAACUUUUUUGUGUAGUGGAAGGAUGGUCGACUGAGUCGCCUUGGGUCACUCGCCGUUCCGCCAUAUGUGAAUAGUUCAAUAAUUAAAUUCUAGUAGGCUGAGUCCCCAAGACAUUUGUGUUGCUUGUUGGUAAGAAACGAAAGCAAAAUAAGCUCAGUUUUUGUGGAAGUUGAUAACUGAAAGUAGCGGUUAGUCCGCUUAUAUUUAUCUGACUUAUAAAGAAGGAAAAAUGCGUGUCGGAUCUGUAUUAUAUUUAGAAUUUUCGUAGAUAAAAUCUAACUAUCAUAAUAAUUAUAUUUGUUAGUAAAAUAUAACUAUAAACCAAAAAUUAUUAUCAAAAUUCAAAUUCAUGAGUCAUUGGGAAGUUAAAAAAAAAUCUUUAUAACGCAGGAAAUUUUUUUUAUUCUUAAAAAAAUAUUUGAUGCACGUGUUUCCCUCUUUUUAAUAAUGUUAAACUUUUAUUUAAGCUCUCUACAAAUGAAAAAUUACCAUUUCCCAAAAUCUUCACGAAAAUCGGAAUAAACAGGUUUCCCCCUUUAAAAGGUGGAAAAUCGUAACGACGCAUUUGAAUUUACUGAGAAUUUUUUCCAUAGUUACGUACAUUUUUUCUAUACCAUCAGAAAGAAGAGGUUGCAAAGAACAAAAAGCAUGCAGCAAAACUUAUAUUUUUUUUUUAACUUAUAAGUUCUCACCAAUUUUCGUAAAAUAUUUUUUUGGCUAUCAAUUUAAAACUAAAUUCUGUUGGUUAUUAUAUUUUUUGAAAAAUAUGAUAAUAAAAAUACAAUGUCACAAUUAUGUAUUUACCUUUUUACACGUUACCUAAACAUACCAAAUAUUUAGGUAACGUGAAAAAAAGUAAAUACAUAAUUGUGACAUUGUAUUUUUUUUGGAUAGAAGUUGUAGUUUUCCUGAAAAUCACGAUAAACCGUUUUCCCUCCUUCAGAUGUCACCGCCUCACCCUUCUCGACCUGAAAUAGCCUGUAACUCUUACGUUGUAUGUGUUCUUUUGGAAUAGAUUACUUGAUUCGAUUUUUCUUUGUUCUCAAAAAUUAUAUAUUAAACAGUAUACAACGCGUCUAACUUGCGACUAUGAUGGUUAAGCAACUGCUUUAAAGUUUGGUUGCUACAUGGGUGACAUUUAUUCCGCAGAAUCUAAAGGGUUCUCCAGAAUAUAAAUGUGCUAUUAGUUCGCCCCGCCUUCAAUAGUAAUAUUUACCUCUUAGAGUCCGAGAUGUGAUCGUUAACUCAGGCUAAGUCUACACUAAGUAUACUCUCUAUAUUUGGCACUAAGCUUGGCACUUACAGUACGGUCUUACUCUUUACUUAAGUGCCAAUUAAAUCAACAUGCUCAGUUAAUUAAACCACAAUAGAAUCUGCGUUACAGGAUUAUCCAUUUUCAUCCAUACGAAGUUUUAUGACACAAUAUAGGAAGUUGUAUAUUAUUUGAACGAUGCUGUUUUGAACUUGUUAAUCUACGUCACAUUUUAUACAAUCAUGAUUUCUGUGAACUCAAAUUAAGCAGAAUUAUUAAUUGUCUAAAAUAUACAUUGUUCUCACAAUGUACUACUAAUCUUUUAACUAAUAAUGAAUGAUAUAGAUGUGUCAUUGACGAAAAAAAUCUGUCUGUUAAUUGUCUAACUAUAAACGAUUUUUUUUAGAAACAACGUCAAUGAUGAUAUGUAUCAAUAUGACAAUAAAUUUUCAUAUCUCAUUUUAUUUAAUUAACUCAAAUCAUUCACAGUAUCUAUUAUAGUAUCUUUAAAUGAAAAGUUCAUUUUAUAAUUAGCACUUAAAUUUAAUGCAUAUGCACUUUGGGUUUACUCUCAUUUACUGCUUGGGUUGGCAUGGUACUGACACCUAAUGUUAAUUUGACUUUAAAUGUGGUGUAGUUUUAAGAGAAGAAUAUUUUUUUUGUGCUUUUGUUAAUAUGAAGUCGGUUUUAAUUUUCGUUGGAAAAGUUUUUUGUCGUAGCACAGAUGUAGGCAUCGCGACGUAACGCGUUGUUUUUGAAAGCUUUUAUUUCACUUGGAAUGUAUUCAUGUUUGUUUGGAUGGAAUCUUGCAACUGAAUUUUUAACCAGAUGUCUGCAUUCGAUUGAGCUGAAAUUUCACGUUUACUUUGGAUGACAAUGCAUGGUUAGCUGUGUGUCGUCAUUCUAAAUCCAAUAUGGCGGAACAUACAAGAUUGCUUACUAGUUAUAUUUGAUUCACUGCUAUAAUAUGAAUAUAAAAUUGAAGGGCUUGCUGAGAAUAAUAUUCAAAAACAUAUUGAAGGAAGGAAAUCUAAUAUGGCGGACUUAAAAAGAUGGCGGACAAAGUUUUUUAUACUUUUCUACAAUAUGGGUACCUAUCAAAUGAAAGUACUAUUUACUUAGAAUAUGGGGUUUUUGAAGUCUUUGAUUAUGUCCAGCGAUAACUGUUUUAUAUUAUAUAAAUUGUGUAAUGACGUUAUAAGUUGAUAGUAAAAGUUUUGAAGGUUUUUUUUAUAGUCUUUUUAGCGCAUUUAAAUAAAAGCUUUUUUAAAAUAGUUUUUUUACAUCUAAUUUUUAUUAAAUAAUAUUGUAAUUAUUGUUUUUGAUACAGUUGGGAUUCAAUUUUACUUAAAAUAUACCUUUUGAUUUGAUAGAAAAUAAUAUGCUAAAUUAUGUCAUGGUAAGAAAGAAAGCAUGCACAUAUUUUCUGAAAAUUACGAACGUUGAUCUCCUAUUUUAAGCUCUUUCGUAGGAUCAAACAAAAAAUUAAACCUUUAUUCAAAGUAGUUAGCUACCAUAUGUGUCACGUUUUUAGCUCCAAACUUUUCGAAACUAUAAAGAAAAAAAAACUAGCUUGUGCCCUCUACUUCGUUAGAGUAUUAUUUAGAUUUGCACAUAUUUUUAACUUUUGUUUCCGUAAAAACCUUCUACGAAGUCUUAGAAAGUUAUGACGUGAAUGACUAAGGAAAAAAAGAUUUAUAUUUUCCUCUAUUUUAAACCUUUAGGCCCACUUACAGCAAAUUUUCUAAAUCUCGAUUCACAUAAAACUAUACCUAUGCCAUAGGAAAAUGUUCAAACGUCAGCGUCAAUUUGAUAUCAUUGUAUGGACUAUAUCUAGUUUUAGUUAAAUUGAGAUUAGAAAAUUGCUGCAAGUGGAACUUAGAUUCAAUUUCCAAAAAUCCCUUUAACGUGCUCACUUAUGCCAUUAAAGGUGCGAUGAUCAAUCAGUAAUGCAUUCUUUUUUGGCAUUUAAAUUAUUUUUUUCUAUUUAAAUUAUUCAACAAUUACUUUUACUAUUAUUUUCAAAAAAAAAAUGGAACUAAUGGAAAGAAUAUAAGUAAAGUAUAAUUGAAGAUGUUUUUAUGAGAAUUAUAUUGUUGUCACAUUAUCGUGUAAGAUUUAAAGCAUCACGACAUCUGGGCGUUGCUUUGACGUAAUAUCGUGCGACAGUUAUCGUUCAUAUAUAUAUUGACGUCUUGUUACUCCCCGAUGUAUUUUGUCCAUUACUUAUCUAAGCUCCUUACCUUGAAGCUUCUCCGAUACGUUCUGGCAAGAUCGCUAAUUAUUCCAAUAAUUACAGUAGUUCGUAAUAUAAUCUAACAGUAUUCACAUAUUAACAUAAAAGUAUUAAACAUACUUAAUAAUUUAUUUUUAUUUCAUUGUUAAUUAUUAAAUUACAAUUGAGUGCAAAAUGUGUUGUUACAAGAAUAACGGAAUGUGCGAUCUCUGUAGAGAGUUCCAGUUGUCCCUUCUGCAAAGUCUGCUCAAGACAUUCCCAAGCGCUGCACCCAAAAUCGAAACUGGCAAGUUCGUCGUGCAAGAUGACAGCAAUAGUAUGUACCCGCUGUCACCGCCGGAGACCAAGCCAAGUCGCGCCGAACUUGCCAACGAUCUGUUGCAGCAGCUAGACAACCAAUGCAAACAAGAAAACAUUUUUUCAACUUGGCUGGAGGAGAAAGUAGAUCUGCCUAUCUUCGAAAACAUCAACCAAGUGCCGGAACGCGUGGAAGUGAUUCCACCGCUGGCCGUGCCCGUGUCCGUGUCGGUGCCGAGCGCUUACACUGCGCCGCAGCCCACGGAGGAACUGCUGCGGGAGUUUGAAACGGUUUACGGUGCUGUGGAGCUGACGCACCUAACGCCGCCGCAGAGCCCGCCCGGCCCCGCCACCCAGCUGCUUCUCAGCUACGCGCAAAACGCCCAGUGCGCGCCCCUCGCGCCGCUGCCCCUCGCCCAGCACGAGCCGUGGUCGACCGUCGCACCCGUCCCAAGCAUUCCCGUAGAGUACGACACGGAACUCCAAGCCGUCGAGGAGUUGGUUCGCAACCGCGCCGCUCAGCUCUCCUCGCCGCUCCCGUUCGUGGACAGUGCUAGCGACUCGCCCCGCUCCACGCCGCCGUCCUCCCCUCGCUCGUCCUCCACCGACGAGGAGUGGAGCGCGCCCUCACGCCCCAAGCCGUACUCCCGGUCGGUGGACGACCGCCGUUCCCGCAAGAAGGAGCAGAACAAAAACGCCGCCACUCGUUACCGCCAGAAAAAGAAGGCUGAGAUCGAAGUGCUGCUCAGCGAGGAGCAAGCUCUCCGCCAGCGUCACACGAACCUUGACGACAAGUGCUCCGACUUGCAGCGCGAGAUCCGUUACCUGAAAGGGCUCAUGCGCGAUCUCUUCAAGGCCAAAGGUCUGAUCAAGUAAACUCACCCCUGUCGCCGCCUCCAGCGAAAGAAUACUGACCGUACGAGCGCGAAAGUGAAGCGCAGCUUUCGAAUAGUCCUCCUAAAAGAGGGAGUUUUUUGUUAUAUUGAGGUUUAACAUUUAAGUUAAAAUAAUCGUGCUAAUAUUUUACUGUACGUUUUUUAAAUGAGCAGAGUUAAAGUCAUUCGAGCAGCAUUUUUCAUUCGCAUUAGUAAGCCGAGAGAUGUAAACACCUUAUAACACCAGGUGGCGCCAUUAUCAUCACCAUCAUCAUCAUUGUCAUUCAUCUUUCAUGAUUAGAAGAUAGGUCGCAUUUGUUGUUAUGAAAAUGUUAUUUUUUAAAUUUUAUUCUAAUUGUCGGUUUAACUAGGUACUAUAUUGUUUUCUUGCCUAUCAAUUAAUGUUACAUGAUACAAAUUAAAACAAAAUUUUAUGGAAUUAUUUUACAGUUUAUAAUGAUAUAUAUUUUCAUACAUUAAAUGAAAUGCGACGGCGG